CCUGGUCUGGUCACGUGGAGCUGGAGCUGUGCUGGGAAGGGCUCUGUGAAAAGGCAAAGUGUAACAUGAGCUGAUGAAGACAGAGGAGAAAGAAGAGGCAGCAAAAUGCCAUUUGCAUGGAUCGUGCCCUCAGCAAUUUGGCUGGUGAUGCACUUCACAGCAGAAGCCUGCAGGAAAGGGAUCAUGACUUCCAGCAAAGCUCCCCGUGGCACUGAGGAAAUCUGUGACAAAGGGAGAAUGACGGCCAACACUGCCAGUGCCAUCCAGCCUGGGACCAACAUCACCCUGUCCUGCUACCUGGGAGACUUGCAGACACCUAAGUGCAGGAUAGGGAUUUUCCUUAACAACUCUGAACAAGUUAAAAAUUCUGGCCGUUCAGUAAGCAAAACAUUUCCAGUCAAUACCUAUGGCAGACACACCUUUACAUGCAAAACGAUUUGUGAAGGAAGGAAAAAACUCAUUUGUGGAAUUGAUAUCAAGUGUGGAAAUCCUCCAGAUGAGCCAGGAAAUGUGUCAUGUAUCCAGACUGGAACAGACAGCCACCCCGUCUGCACCUGGGAUAAGGGAAGGCUCACAUACCUUGACACUACGUAUGUGAUACAGCUCUCAAAUGGGACACAUGACUUGUGCUUUUCAGAAGAAAGUCUGAAUGAGACAUUUGGCUUGCUGGCUCUGAGAAAGUUGAAUUUUGACUCCAAUUACACCGUUGUGGUUUCUGCCUCCAAUAAGUUGGGAAGUGCUUCUUCACAGCCACUCUCCUUCACGUUAAUAGACAUAGUGAAGCCACAUCCUCCUGACUUUUUAGUGGAAUUUGACAGUUCUUCUGCGACCAGCUGCACUCUUUUUUGGCACAAUGAAGCACAAGCACAGCACUGCAGGCUGAGAUAUCGUCCCCUCACCAGGCACUCCUGGAGCAUGGUUGAAAUCUUCAACAGUGAACAAUACCACCUUCAUGGGCUGGAGCCUGACACAGCCUAUGAGUUCCAGGUCAGCUGUAAAAUUCACCCUGAGCGAGGGCUGUGGAGCGACUGGAAAAUGAACCUAACCCGGACUCCAGAAGCAGAGCCGACCGGGAUCCCGGAUGUCUGGUACCGGCAGCAGCAGGACCCAGGCUCUCAGCAGCAGAACAUCUCACUCUUUUGGAAGGCUCUGAGCAAGUCGGAGGCAGGAGGAAGAAUCCUGGGGUACAGAGUGACCUUUGAAGCCCUGAACCAUCAGAACCCCCCCACAGAAUCCCACCAAACCACCCACACCAGCUACUCCAAAGUCACACCAAGGGUGGACUACAGGAUCACAGUCACUGCUCAGAACUCUCGGGGCAGGUCCCCCCCUGCAUCCAUCCUGACCAACCUGGGCAUCCAGGAUCUACCACCUCCUCAGCAAGUCUCUGCCAUGGCCAUGGGGAACAGCAGCAUCCUGGUCAGCUGGAAACCACCCCUCAGAUCCGCUGUGCCUGUCAGUGGGUACGUGGUGGAGUGGGCAGAGACAGGGAGGAACCCACACCUGGAGCCCCAUCACACCUGGGCAAAGCUUCCCGCAUCCAACCUGUCCACAGUGAUAGCAGAGCACAUCAAAGAUAACAUGUGCUACCAGAUCCGUGUGUUUGCUCUCUACCAGGAUGGAGCUGGACAGGAAGCAUCAGUCAGGGGAUACUCCACAGCACAAGCCCCAUCAGCUGGGCCCCAGAUGUUCACAAUCCCGUGGGCCACCGGCGUCUUGGUGUCAUGGGAGGAAAUUCCUGUUCCCCAGCAGAGGGGGUGCAUCACAGGGUACCACGUGUACCUGCAGACCAAGGACAGCCAGGGAGACCCCCAGGUCUAUGCCAUUCCCAAUGGGACGUCCCCGAGGUCCCUGUACAUCCCGGACCUGCAGCCAGGGGAGCUCUACGACCUGUGGGUGACAGGGUCCACUGCGGCCGGGGAGGGGCCGCCGGGCAACAGCGACCGGCUCCGCCUGGAAAGUGCCGGGGUCUGGGUGACUCCGGUGCUCACCUGCAGCUUCUUCAUCUUCUCAGCCUGUGUUUGUUCUGUGCCUCGAGCGAGAAAAGCGUUCCACUCGCUCCUCUCCGUGCUUCUGCCACAGUGGCAGAACAAAGCCAUUCCCGACCCAGCUAAUGCCACGUGGGCCAAGAGCUUCAUGGCUACCAAGAGCUGAGCUCAUCCUC